UCAGUCACACACACAUACAUACACGCACAUACAUACAUACAUACAUACAUACAUACAUACAUACAUACAUACAUACAUACACACACACACACAGCACACGGAGGCUAUCACAGGAGACUGCUGCCAUUCACUCCCAUCCAGAGGUGCUGAGGACACGACGGUUCCGAGAGUGCUGGCACAGGCGGAACUUCACUCUCCCUCCUCUCUUUUGUACUCAGCAGUGUGUCCCUGCCAGCUGACUGACUGAUGUGUGAGCUACAUGCUGGGUGCUCACUGCUUGUCAUCCAUUGCUGUCUGCAGCUGUAACAUCUCCCCAUCCUGUCACCUUACAGAAAGCGUGUCUGUGCAGUCUCCCUCUUCCCAUGCCUCUCACAUGCCAGCCCAGGUGCAUGUCACUCAGUGCCCUGUCAGUGUGAUGUCCUUGUAUGCUGCUCACCUCGAUAUGGGCAUCACUGCUAGUUGCAAUCUCCCCAGUGCUCAGUGCCAGCCCCCUCACCUCCUCUCCCCCUGCCCAGCACACCACAUUGCUGCCUAACCCCUGACUAUUGCUGGGAAUAAGUGUGCGGGGGGCUAGUCCUGUCACCUCCCUCACCCACCACCCCCAUCAUCCGGUCCCGCCGCCACCUCAUCAUCCGCUCUGCUCAGCAAUCACACAGACGUCCAGAGUGCUGAAGAGGAGAGGCGGAGGAGGCACCGGGGCUAUCUGUAGGGGAGGAGGAGGAGGCACCGGGGCUAUCUGUAGGGAAGGAGGAGGCAGGAGAGGGGGGACCUCACACCUGAUCACAUCUCAGCAGAAGGAACCAGACCCGGCUGCAGGGAGGGACAGGGGACAACUUCAUCAGCUGCCGGAUCUAUCACCGUGAUCCCAGGACCGGGCUCACUGAGACAGCCACACAGCCGUGCUUAAGGUUUCCUGCUGCCAGGAGUCCCCGGUGCGGGAAGAUGCUGCAUGCCCCUGAUGCCAGCCUUGGUGCCGGACUGCCCUGGUUUAAUAGUGGAUCUUCCUGGUCUGUUGGUACCUGGGGGGGAUUUGGCACUCAUCUAACCCUGUGGAUAUGGCUCAUCACCUGCAGCAAGUGGAGGACCAUGGCCAGCCCCAGCAAUGAGGUGAACCUACUGGAUUCUCGAUCAGUUAUGGGUGAUCUUGGAUGGAUAGCAUACCCAAAAAAUGGGUGGGAAGAAAUUGGUGAGGUUGAUGAGAACUAUGCUCCGAUACAUACAUAUCAAGUAUGCAAAGUGAUGGAACAAAAUCAGAAUAAUUGGCUCUUGACUAGUUGGAUCUCCAAUGAAGGGGCAUUAAGAAUUUUCAUUGAGCUCAAAUUCACACUACGGGAUUGCAACAGUCUUCCAGGGGGACUUGGUACUUGCAAAGAAACUUUUAAUGUAUAUUAUUUUGAAUCAAAUGAAGAAGAUGGCAGGAAUAUUAGGGAAAAUCAGUAUAUCAAGAUUGAUACUAUUGCAGCUGACGAGAGCUUCACUGAGUUGGACUUAGGGGACAGAGUUAUGAAGCUAAAUACAGAGGUGAGAGAUGUGGGUCCAUUGACCAAGAAAGGUUUCUACCUUGCCUUCCAAGAUGUGGGAGCAUGCAUUGCCCUGGUUUCUGUCCGUGUAUACUACAAGAAGUGCCCGUCAGUGGUACGUAACUUAGCCCUUUUUCAAGAUACAAUAACUGGGGCAGAUUCAUCACAACUGUUGGAAGUAUCCGGAUUGUGUGUCAAUAAUUCAGUGACAGUAGAGGCUCCCAAAAUGCACUGCAGUGCUGAAGGAGAGUGGCUUGUUCCAAUUGGGAAAUGCAUGUGUAAAGAAGGAUACGAGGAGAAGAAUGACACCUGCCAAGCAUGCCGUCCAGGAUUCUUCAAGUCUUCCCCUCAGAGUCAGACAUGCAGUAAGUGUCCACCUCACAGCUAUGCCCAUGAGGAAGCAUCAACGUCUUGUGUCUGUGCAGAACGCUAUUAUAGGAGAGAGUCUGACCCACACACAAUGGCAUGUACAAGACCACCAUCUGCUCCACGCAAUGCAAUUUCCAACAUCAAUGAAACAAGUGUGUUUUUAGAAUGGACGUUCCCAUCAGACACUGGGGGAAGGAAAGAUGUCUUCUAUAAUAUUGUAUGCAAGAAGUGUAACUCCAUCUCCGGCAUGUGUGAGGAGUGUGGAAUUCAUGUCCGUUACAUACCUCAGCAAACCGGUCUCAGAAACACAUCGGUAAUGGUAAUAGAUCUGCAAGCUCACACAAAUUACACCUUUGAGAUUGAGGCUGAAAAUGGCGUGUCAGAGCUGAUCCUGGGAUCUAGACAGUACGUCUCUCUGAAUGUCACCACCAACCAGGCUGCCCCAUCUCCUAUCACUCACGUGAAGAAGGGAAAAAUUGCCAAAAACAGCAUUUCCGUAUCUUGGCUGGAACCAGAAAGACCCAACGGUAUCAUCCUGGAAUAUGAGAUCAAAUACUUUGAAAAGGAUCAAGAAACCAGCUACACAAUCAUCAAGUCCAAGGAGACAGAACUCACUGCAGAGGGAUUAAAGCCUGCAUCAUCCUACAUAUUCCAGAUCAGAGCACGCACGGCCGCAGGGUACGGUGCCUUCAGUCGCAGAUUUGAGUUUGAAACCAGCCCAGUGUCAUUUGCAGCAACCGGUGAUCAGAGCCAGAUUCCUAUAAUUGCCGUGUCGGUCACUGUGGGAGUUAUUCUGCUGGCCGGAGUUGUUGGUUUUCUUCUCAGUGGAAGGCGAUGUGGCUACAGCAAAGCUAAACAGGAUCCAGAGGAGGAGAAGAUGCAUUUUCACAAUGGACACAUUUUUUGUUCCUCUACAGUUAAAUUACCAGGAAUAAAGACAUACAUUGACCCUCAUACCUACGAGGACCCAAGCCAGGCCGUACAUGAAUUCGCUAAGGAAAUAGACGCUUCCUGUAUAACCAUUGAGAGAGUUAUUGGAGCAGGUGAAUUCGGGGAGGUUUGUAGUGGUCGGAUUAAACUUCCUGGGAAAAGAGAGUUUUCGGUUGCUAUCAAGACUCUUAAAGUUGGAUAUACCGAUAAGCAGAGGAGAGAUUUCUUAGGUGAAGCAAGUAUAAUGGGACAAUUUGACCAUCCAAACAUCAUCCAUUUAGAGGGUGUUGUCACAAAAAGCAAACCAGUAAUGAUUGUGACAGAAUAUAUGGAAAAUGGCUCUCUGGAUACUUUCCUAAAGAAAAAUGAUGGUCAGUUCACUGUGAUUCAGCUAGUGGGUAUGCUGAGGGGCAUUGCAUCUGGAAUGAAGUACCUCUCGGACAUGGGCUAUGUGCACAGAGACCUGGCAGCUCGAAACAUACUCAUAAACAGCAACUUGGUGUGCAAGGUGUCCGACUUUGGUCUGUCCAGAGUCCUUGAAGAUGAUCCUGAAGCCGCAUAUACAACAAGGGGAGGAAAAAUACCAAUCCGAUGGACUGCCCCUGAAGCCAUUGCUUUCCGCAAGUUCACCUCUGCAAGUGAUGUCUGGAGCUAUGGAAUUGUAAUGUGGGAAGUCAUGUCAUACGGAGAGAGACCCUACUGGGAGAUGACAAACCAGGAUGUAAUUAAAGCUGUUGAGGAAGGUUACCGGUUGCCAAGUCCCAUGGAUUGCCCGGCUGCUCUUUAUCAGCUCAUGCUGGAUUGUUGGCAGAAAGAUCGGAACAGUAGGCCCAAGUUUGAAGAGAUUGUCAGUAUGUUGGACAAGCUGAUCCGUAACCCGAGCACCUUAAAGACACUUGUUAAUUCAUCUAACAGGAUAUCAAAUUUACUGGUUGAGCAUAAUCCAAUCGGAAAUGGUGUGUACAGAUCAGUAAAUGAGUGGCUUGAGGCCAUCAAGAUGGGAAGGUAUGCUGAUACAUUUGUGGAGAAUGGAUACACUUCAAUGGAUGCAGUGACUCAAAUGACUUUGGAAGAUCUGAGAAGGUUUGGAGUGACUCUGGCCGGCCAUCAGAAGAAAAUAAUGAAUAGCAUCCAAGAAAUGAGAGCCCAGUUAUUGAACGGAAUGGUGCCCUUGUAAUUUUGACAUUCCGCGACCAAGCAAGUCUGCACUUUGUAACCUGCCCAGAGAUUUAUAGACAUAGAGAAAACUGAAUUGAAAAAAGGGAAGUAUAGCAUUAUAGAAAACUGAAAAUGACACAGUGAACAUACAACAGAUAACUCAAAAAUCAGUAUUUGACUCAGACUCCCAUUUAUUUUUUAUUCUGUUUGUGUCAUCAUUUUUCAUGAGUAAUUGCAACAUGCAUGGACAUGGAGCUGGAUUUAGAGAUAUAUAAAGUGUGGUUAGCCUGUUCUUUUGCUCUUCUAUAACAAAGGACUUCCCAUGAUGCUUUGUACAUGGAUUGUUUAUAGCAUCUUGAUAGUGCUUUCAUUGUAGCAGCACACUAAAUUCUUCCAAGGACUUACUUGAAUGGAUCAUGUUAAACAACGUUUUGUAGCCAUGUACGGCCUAGGGGGAUAAAAGCUGCAGUGUACUGAUGUUUACCAAGUCUCAAUUGUCUACAAAGGAGUAUUGAAGAGCAAUAUGUUUAGAUUUUCUUGAUAGUUAUCUCUUUUUUUGUAAAUUAAAAAAAUGCUGUUACACAGCAUUAAGGUAUGAAAGCGUAUGUAUAAACAAGUUGCUUGAUCAAUUGCAAAUACAAUAUAUUUAUUUUUUUGUGUUCUGGGUUCUAUUAGUUUGCUCUCUUGUGAGUUUAAUGCAUACUAUAAUGAAUAUGUAUAUAAUGUACAGUUUGCUACACUCCCAGGUACAGUUUUGUGCUGCCACUUAUAACUGUAUUUUUUGUUGUUUUGUUCUUAAAACAACCAUAACAAGUUGAUAGAUAUUUUAAACAAAUUAAGUAAAAAAAAAAAAUUACAAAAAUCCAUCUUUUUUUCCUACCUUCUAAAUACUGUAAUUUCUGAGGCAACUAUGCUUUGUAAAAAUACAGGGUAUGUGUAUAAAGAUAACAAAAUGAAAAAUAUGAUAUUAAAUAGGCAUUUUGUUA